AUGGCCGCCGGGUGGCCGACCUUAGCCGUCGUUUUUCUGCUGGCGUGCCUCCUGUUGCCGACCGGCGGCGGCGGCGUACGACCGCGGGACGACGACGGUCAACAGCAGCAGCACCAACCCUCGUGGUGCCAGAGAGAAGAAUGCAAGUGCGAGUGGGACGACGAGAACCACGUUGCCGUCAAGUGCACGUUUUACGGCGAAAAGAACGAGAUAUGGGAACCGGACAAGAACCUGAACAAAUCGUUGGUGCUGCUGGAUUUGAACGGCGAUGGCCGAUGUAAUCUAACUGUCAGCCACAAGACGUUGGCGGCAUUCGUUGGUCUUCGGUCGUUUAACGUAACCGGGUUCAACCAGGUAACGAUCAGGUCACAAGGCGUGUUGGCCAAGAACGCUCGCACAAAUUUCACAGUGACCAUCAGCCACGUACAUAAGCUGUACCUGGACACGAAUGCGUUUCAUCCGUACGACGGCACGGUGGACGUGCUAGUGGAGGACUGCGACGUGGUCGGGCUGGGGAGUGAGGUUGUGUUCAAGCUCCAAUCGUUUGUAUUUCGUCGGAUUGGAAUGCUGGAGUUGUCAAAGAAUACUUUUAAAAACGCGGCAAUGGGUUCGUCAAUCAAAAAGAUGAUAUUGGAAGAUCUAACCUCGGACAAAUUACCGUCGUACGCAUUCUAUACGUCAAUCGAUAUGCUAUCGAUAACCAACUGCAAGUUCGGUACAAUAGAGCGGAAAGCAUUUCCAAUCAAUGAUAUUGGCAACGCGACGCUGACCAACGUCACGGUGAACCUGUUGGAGAGCGAAGCGUUCCAAAAUUCAACGCUGAUCAACAACCUGCGAAUAAUAAGAUGCAUCAUCCAUGAAAUGCAGAGCGACGCCAUCAUGUCCGCCAUACAGAGCAUAAUCAUCGAACAGUCUGAGUUCGAAUUGGUGCGGACUUCGGCCGUAGCGGUGGCAACUAAGCUGACGUUGUACAACAACACUUUCAAGCGGGUGGAUAGCCGGGGUUUCGUGUUGCACAAUUUGCACACAGUACUGGUGCACGAUAACACGUUCAAUCACACCGGGAACGAGGCGUUUUACGAAUCGACCGCGUCCAGCCCGGAAAUGAAGUCGAGCACGAGAUCGGUGUUGCGUAUCAGCGACAACAAUUUCCUGCAAUCCGUUGCUGACGGCAAGUGGUUGCCAGCGAUCCGGCUGCAGAGGGCCGCAUCCGAGAUGAACAUCACGGGGAAUACGUUCAACGGGUCGUGUGGCUGUGUCCCGUGGCAGUUUGUCGCCGUGACCGUGGCCGCAACCGACGAUGACAGAAACGCCGAAUUCGCCGACCAGAACUACUUCCGAGUGAACAAGGUGGAAGCAGAGUGCGCCAACCUGACUGGUGCCGAGCUCGACCGCCUGCGGAUUUCAGAUUUCACGGAGGCGGCCGGGUGCGACCGGGACGAUGGAGCCGCAUUCGACGUGUGCGUUCGAGACCGCGAGGCUGCGACGCAGGUCAGUGGCGUAGGUAGAUUCCCGUCGCUGGGUGACGUCUUGUCACCGACCGCGGAGCGCGGGGUUAUCACCACGGUGGUGCUGUUGGUACUGUGCGGUUUUGGUGCGGUGUGUGCGGUAAGCGCGGUCACCUGGCUGAACGCGCGCGGUUACUUCAUCAAGCUCCGGUCACUUCUCACCCCAAACAGCGGCGCUGGAGGCGGCGGCGGAAGCACGGCUUGCAGGACCAUGUCGGCGCACUCUCUGUCCCGGGUGUCCGUGCACGAGUAUGCGGAACUUCAGCGGCUCAAGUUAGGCGGCGGCAGCAUCUGCGGCCGCGGCAGCGACGUGGGCGCUGUGCGAGUGAUCGUAUACCAGGACAAGGGAACGCAGACCGUACCGGAAGAGCUGACGCACGAAAUGUUGCAAAACCUGCGCGACAAGCUGGAUGACCCUGAUGACUAUGCCGAGGCCCGGGGCAUAAUCGAACACCUGUACGACUUGAUCCGGGUGGAGGAGACCUGCUGCAGCGGUGGCGGUGGCGGCGGAGGCGGUAGUUGGUACUCGACGGGCGGGAGGGGGCUGGAUGACAUGACGUCCACAGUGACGACCAAGUCGGUGACCGCGGAUGACGGACAACCGCGGGACAUGAAGUCUGUGGGCACGGGCGCCCCGUCCCUGGACAGACUCAGGGCACCCAAGAUCAAAAUGAUCGGGUCGGCGGGGGCGGAAGCCGCGGGACAUCAGCACACUCGCCGGCCGCAGCCGCCGCCGUCACCGUCACCGUCAAUUAACAGCGAUUACGUGGAUCCGGUUGAUCUGUUGUAUGGUGGCGCUGCGAAUGUGCGAGACGACGAGUCGUACGCCGACAUCUACUGCGAGCUAAAUGACCUGCGAUCGACCGCCGAAGACCGUCCGCCGCAGCAACCACCGCCUGUACCUGAUAAGCCGACUCCCGUUUGAAGGCACAGUGACACCGUCGUGGCGGCUUUCAACUCAAUUCCUAUCGAUCGGUUUCGCCGGCGCUAUUCGUUUCUCCGAGUUGUUGUACGCGCGAUUUACAAACGAUAACAUUUUUUUUCAUCGAUCGCAUUUUUUUUCAAACAUGUUUUUUUUUAUUUACCUAACCUUGGCACAGUCACUAUAAUCCAUCCGCCGGCAACCUACAUAGGAAGUACACGCGACGAGAAACGUAUUAUAUUUUGUAUAAACCUAUUAUUAUUAAUAUUAUAUUGUCAUUAUUAUUAUUAUUAUUUUAUUAUUAUUAUGAUUUUAAGUGCGUCCACAGUUUAUAUAUAUAUAUAUAUAUAUGUGUUUAAUAUACUUAAGAUUACAUCACGAUAUUUUCUAUGUGAUGCUUAUUAUUCUAUCCUGUUUUAGUUUUAUUUUUAUUGUUGUUUUUACGUGUCAUGUAAUGUAUUACACUGAAUGAUUUUUUUUAUCGUGAACUCGGCAAUAUAUUGCAGGAAACAUAAGGGAUUCAAUAUUUUUUUUCAGCCCUAUCAUAAAAAUUACAAUCAUAUAAUCAUAGAAAAAUUUAAAAUAGUAUCGUUUUGAUAAACGUUUAAUAAAAUAUUGUUAAAACUCCUCAUUUUCCUGUAUUGCAUAGGUCACGAUAAAAAAAUACUUGUACCAUAUAAUAUAUUAUGUAUAAAUAAUAAAUGUGUACAUUAAAUAUGUAAUACACAUACUCACAAGCAUUAUCAUUAUUUAAAAGAG